GCCUCCUGACGGGGAAGGCAGCGCCGCCCAGACAGACAGACAGACGCUCCGCUCCUCCGGGCCGAGGGAUCUCCCUGCCGCGGCCGCCUCCAUGGAGCGCCCGGCUCUGCCUGCCGCCCCCGGGACGGUCUGCGGGAAGACUCGGGCAGCCGGCCGCCCGCUCUGAGCUGCCACGGCCCCUGGGCGCCGGCAUCGGGCGAGUUUUCGUGCAGGCUGACGCUUUGACAAACUUCUGCCGAAAGUUCUGGCCUUGCGAGCGGCGCUGGACUGUGAAGCUCCCCCGCUGUCAGCCAGACCUUUGCCGUGGCUCCCCAGUCCCCCCAGGAGGGGCAUGGAGUCCCGAGGUUGCCCGGAAGGCGGAGCCGAAUGCCAGGAGCGGCGAGGGCUCGGGGUCUCCCCGGCUGAGGAGCCGCCCCCGCGGCCGCAGCCCGGCUCUGGCGCUCCCCCCGAGCAGGGGGGCGAGGAGCCAAAGAGGGGAAGGAGGGACACCUCGAAGGUGAGGUCCUCCACCUCGUCCACCUCCUCCCUCAACUACUCGUCCCUGGAGUCGGACGACGAUGUGUUCAGCGACGAGGAACCGAGGCGGCGGGGCAUCCUCAGGAAGACCAAAUCAUGGAAGACCUUUUUCACGGCCAUGCACUGGACUUUCCGCAGAUCAAACUCCUGGGUGCAGCUGGCAGGACACGAGGGGCACUUCCGGCCGAGCGAGGGAGGUCUGAUCCUGAAGAAGUUCAGCGGGACGGAGAGCGGUUGCCUGGGGACGCUGAUGGGUGACGUGCUGAAGCCCUUCGUUCCCACCUACCACGGCGUGGUGGAGAAGGAGGGGGAGCUUUUUAUACAGAUGGAAGAUCUCCUGGCUGGUCUCAGUGCUCCCUGCAUCAUGGACUGCAAGAUGGGUGUGCGGACCUACCUGGAGGAGGAGCUGACGAAAGCUCGGCUACAGCUGACCCUCCGCAAGGACAUGUACCAGAAGAUGACCAAGGUGGACCCGUCAGCCCCCACACCAGAGGAGCACCAGCAGGGAGCCAUCACCAAGCCUCGCUACAUGCAGUGGAGAGAGACCCUCAGCUCCACCGCCACCCUCGGCUUCCGCAUCGAGGGCAUCACGAUGGAGAGCGGGUCGAUUCUGAAAGACUUCAAGAAGACGAAGACAAGGGAGCAGAUCAUCGCCACCUUGACUCGUUUCACUGAGGGACACCUGGGCGUGCUGACUGGAUACCUGGAGCGGCUGCAAGCCAUAAAGGAGGCACUACUGCAGUCCCAGUUCUUCAGAUCCCACGAGGUCAUCGGCAGCUCGCUGCUCUUCGUCCACGAGAGGAAGCGAUGCGUCAACGUCUGGAUGAUCGAUUUCGGGAAGACGAUGGCACUACCCGAGGGGCAGACCCUGAGGCACGAUCUGCCAUGGGAGGAGGGCAACCGGGAGGACGGUUACCUCCUGGGACUCGAGAACCUGCUGGGCCUCUUGGCGGAGACCAUCAGCAGGCAGCACUCCCUGGCCCUGUCCGUGGCCGAGAACUGACGGCGGUGGUGGGGCGUGAGGCCGAGGAGGGCCCGGCCCUGCCAAUGGGACGGCCAGCGGCCGAGGGGCUGGCCUGGCUCUACUCCGAUCAGCUCUGUGACCACUGAUGGGAAGGCGAGGGUCCCAGAAUGAUGCACAAACCUCACUCUGUCCCUCAGGGUAUCUCCGAAACACAGCUCGUCGAUGGAAUAUGUCCUGCCCCCUUUGAUAGACGAGAGACUCCUUCUCUGCCGCUCUUGGGGUAUCAGAGACUGAUCCUCUUGCCCUCCCUGUACCGGCCCAGGCUGAGUGUAAUUGGACAAAUACAGGGACGCAAGAGGUGAGGGGCUCCAGGCUGCUGGUAGAGGAACUGUGGGACCUCGGAGGUUAAACCUUCUUUAUGCUGUCUUAUGGAAAGGCUUACUGUGGGAAGGUGUGUGAUAGGGCGGCGUGGACGGAGAUUCACUCCGUGUUUGAUUCCGGGAGUGUGUGAUGGGACGGUGUGGAGGGAGAUUCACUCUGUGUCUGACACUGGGAGUGUGUGAUGGGACGGUGUGGAGGGAGAUUCACUCUGUGUCUGACCCCGGGAGUGUGUGAUGAGACGGUGUGGAGGGAGAUUCACUCUG